AUGCGCAUUUGGUGUAAACAGGAAGAACAGCAAAAACCAGGUCAGAGAAAUUUGAAGAGCGAUUGAGCCUUUUACGCAAGAAUACUCGCUGAAAUUGUACUUUUUAGUAUUAUCAAAUGUUACCAUCAAGUACAGGAUAUAUGCUUUGGGCGAAUAUUUUUCAAGUAGUGCGAUAAAUAAUCAUAAUUUAAAGGUAGUCUAAACGGUGACGCGAUCUUCUGGAUUUUGCUCGUCUGCUUUGCCUACUGACCCAAAUUGUCAACACAUUGGCGUCCUUUGAGGUGCAUCAGAGCUUAGUAGAAACAAUAUUUUCCAGCGAUGGUUCAAAAGGAUAAGACGGUAGAGACUUCACAAAUCGACGGUGAUCCAAGCACUAGUCCUAUCUCCGUAGAGCCUUGUGUGGAGGCCCCAGGUUCGGCCCAAGAAUCCAGCCAUGAAGUCGAGUUGUCCGAUCAGAGAAAAUUCGUCAGUGGGGUCGUGGAAGGGUUUUAUGGUCGUCCAUGGACAAUGGAGCAAAGAAAAGAACUGUUCAGGAGGGAGCAGAAAUGGGGUCUGAACACAUACUUGUAUGCACCAAAAGAUGACUACAAACACAGAAUGUUUUGGCGAGAGCUAUACUCAGUUGAAGAAGCUGAACAACUCAUGACCCUUAUUGGUUCUGCAAAAGAGCAUGGCAUAGAGUUUAUCUAUGCCAUAUCACCUGGUUUAGAUAUAACCUUCUCUAAUCAGAAAGAAGUUUCUGCUCUUAAAAGAAAAUUGGAUCAGGUUACACAUUUUGGCUGCAAGUCUUUUGCCUUACUUUUUGACGAUAUUGAUCACAACAUGUGCCCUGCUGACAAGGAAGUUUUUAGUUCAUUUGCACAUGCUCAAGUUUCAAUCACAAAUGAAAUCUACCAAUACCUGGGAGAGCCACAGACAUUCCUCUUCUGCCCCACAGAGUACUGUGGAACCUUCUGCUACCCAAAUGUUUCUCAGUCGCCUUACCUCCACACUGUAGGAGAAAAGCUAUUGCCAGGCAUAGAUGUACUUUGGACAGGUCCCAAAGUUGUGUCCAAAGAUAUCACGGUGGAGUCUAUUGAGGAAGUUUCCAAAAUCCUCAGGAGAGCACCAGUAAUCUGGGAUAACAUUCAUGCAAAUGAUUAUGACCAGAAGAGGUUGUUCCUGGGUCCAUACAAGGGUCGGUCCACAGAGCUCAUCCCUAGACUGAAGGGAGUCCUUACUAACCCCAAUUGCGAGUUUGAGUCCAACUUUGUAGCUAUCCACACUCUUGCCACGUGGUACAAAUCAAACAUGAAUGGAGUCCGCAAAGAUGUUGUUAUGACGGAUGGUGAGGAGAGCACAGUUUCUAUACAAAUAAAAUUGGAGAAUGAAGGCAGCGAUGAAGAGCUAGAGACAGACAUGCUUUAUAGUCCACAGCUGGCCUUAAAACUUGCUCUAACAGAAUGGCUUGGAGAAUUCUGUGUGCCACAUCAGUAUAACAGCCGCCAGGUACCCCAGAGUGGUGCGAAAAGUGCAACCAUCGACAUAUCAUCAUUGGCUGCUCCAUCCCUCUGCUCAUCUACAACAGUCACAACAGUCUUCCAGCAGCCAAUUAUGUCUCCUGCAAUCCCCCCCUUGUGUCUGGAUCCACUGUCUCUUCCUAUGACAAAAGAAACUGAAGAUGAAGUGGAGGUGGAGGCAGAGAAAAAGGAGCCUGAGGAAGAGCCCAUGGAAAUGGUAGUUGAGAAGCAGGAUGAAGCAUUACCUGAGGUGCAGGCAGACUCAGAGGAUAAGCAGGUUAGUCCUAUUCAGACUGAAAAGAUGGCUGAAGACUUGAAGCCUAUGGAUACGGACAAAGAGAGUCUCACAGAGUCAAAGUCCCCUGAAGAGUCUAUUCAAGAAGAUUCGGGCAGUGAUAUUGCCCCAAUGCAGACAGAUGAACAGCUUAAACAGGAUAUUUUUGUGCCUGGUCCCAAUGAGAAGCCAUUAUUUACAGCAGAGCCUCUUACAAUUGAGGAUCUUGGCCUGUUGGCAGAACUGUUUUAUCUACCAUACGAACAUGGACCCAAAGCCAUGCAAAUGCUGAAGGAGUUCAAUUGGCUCCGGGCCAAUAGCAGUGUUGUCAGCGUCAACUGCAAAAGAAAAGAUGAUGAAAAGGUGACAGAAUGGAAGACAAGAGCUGAGAAGUUUGAGGAGAUGUGCUGCUCCGUCAUACACAUGUUUACACGCCUUUCCAAUUCAGUCAACAGAACCAUCUUGUACGACCUGUACCCAUACAUCUGGGAUAUCAAGAGCAUCAUUUCUAUGGUGAAGUCUUUUGUCCAGUGGCUAGAUGGAAGAAUCCAAAAUACAAGUUUCUUCUGCUGUUGGAUCGACAGUGGGCGAUGGUGUCGUAGUCAGUCCUCAGCACAAUUCCUUAAAGGAGACCAAGAGCCCUGGGCCUUUAGGGGAGGUCUAGCAGGAGAGUUCCAGAGAUUGUUGCCAAUAGAUGGGGCAAACGAUCUCUUCUACCAGCCUCCACCUUCUCUCCCAACCUCCAAAAUCUAUUCCAUAAGACCAUACUAUCCCAAAGAUGAGGCUGCUGUUUAUAAAAUCUGUAAAGAAAUGUAUUUUGAGGGAAUGGAUGAUCCUUUCUCUGAUCAGGAGCCAGACCUCAUCGGAGAUAGGUUAGUGGGAGGUCUCCUCACCUUGAGUUCAGACUAUGGAUUUGUGCUGGAAGAUGAGGAAGGCAUUUGUGGCUAUGCUGUUGGAACAGUAGAUGUUAAACCGUUUGUCAAGAAGUGCAAGUUAAGCUGGCUUCCGUUUAUGCAGGAGAAAUACCACAAACCUGACAUUGAGAAGGACCUCUCAGAAGAACAGAAGAUGAUGUUAAGUUUCCAUGAAGAAGAAGAAGGUCUUCCAGAUUCAUUUCUAUCUAACUUUCCUUCGCUCAUCAAAGUCGACAUUCAUGCCAAGGUCACUGAUCCCAGUGUAGCUAAAAGUAUGAUGGGAUGUUUACUGUCCUCCCUCAAAGCUAAUGGGUCUCAUGGAGCUUUCUGCAAAGUCCGGCAGUCUGAUAAAAGAAUGUUGGACUUUUACAGUAAACUUGGAUGUUUUGAAGUGGCAAAAAUGGAUGGUUUUCCCAAAGAUGUCAUCAUUAUGGGACGCAGCUUAUAAGAAAUCCAGUAUUAGGGUACCUCUGGUAAAGUAAAAUCCAAGCUGGCAUCUUACAACCCUGGAUUUGUGUCCUUAAGCACAGUAACCGCAUUGCAGUGUGGAUGCCCCAUUCUGUUGUGGCUUUUUCAGUUCAACACAGACCUUGUGAACUGAACAAGCCAAUAAGUAUGGCACAGCAUGCAUCGAUUUGCAGGGUACAUUUGUCUGAGGAAAGUAGGUUCAACUAGAAUAGUAAUUAUAAUUGGUUCCAACUUCAAAACUUCACUAAUGCUAGGGUGAAAUAGAGAUGGUAGUAUAGUAGUAUAGAAUGGUGCAAAAAACAAUUUGGUGCAAAAAAAAAACAAUUAAAAAAUGAUAAUGAUUUUAACUGCCUAAAAUGAAGACAUAAAAAGUUUGCUUUGUAUAUUUGCCUUUUUAUAUUUGAGCAAUAGUAUUUUUGCUUUUGGUCAAUGCCUUUGGGUUUUGCCUUAAAGUUUUUGUUAUAUAAUGUCAGGUUUUGUAAUGCAUUAUACUUACAAGUGAAUUAUUUAUUGCUCAGAAACCUUAUUAUGAGUUACACUCUUAAAAUAUAUUGGAACAAGCUAAAUUAGUCAUACAGGGUGUUUUUUUUAAGUCGUAUUUUUCAGUUGAUUUUAAAGUGACGUGGUGUUAGCCACUAUCACUCCCUGUAGAUAUCGAUGUGGUUCGUUGGUUUCAGCCUGUCUUGAUAUCCCCUGUAUAUUUUCAGAUGAAUGUCUUCUCAAACUAUAACAAGCGCUCUUGGGAACACCAAGGUUACUAAACCCUGUCAAAUUCUGUCACCAAAGUAGCACUGAUGCCCACAUUGUUGCAGUUGGGUGUGGGCCAAACAACUGUUGGCCUUUUGUUUGUUGAAUGUUUUACAAACUCACUCAGUUGUUUAGUUAUGUUGAUGAUUAGCAAAAAGCACUUUGACCAGUGUUCUGUUAUUUAGAGGAUUUUCACUUGCUCUUCAGUAGCUGCCUGCCAAUGUGAUGUGUUAUGUACAUUUAGGAUGUGCAUGAAGUGUAAUGGAUGUGUCAUUACAGCUAACUUAUCUUCUGUUGCAUAGAAUAGAAAUAAGAGAAAUAAGCAUGCCACUUGCCUCUAUGUGCAUAAAAUGUACUAUAUUAUACACUAUUUGUAAAUACUGUCAAAGUGUUAUUAUUUUUA